AUGUUUGUGUCCAACUUGAUCGUGUGAGUGAGCGCGUACAGGCGAACUGCGGACUGACCUGUCGGCGGAUCUAAAGCGAGACAUUGUGGACAAUAACGCCAUCUCAACACGGUUAAUAUUACUCUUAUCUACCGUUAGCUCGGUUUAGCCUCUUCGGGGCUACAUAAGGACGAACCCUGGAAGAACCCGGAGAACCGCGGAUAUCUACGCGUCAUGGAUGCUUCGUGACCCGCGGCAGGUGUGAAGAGAUGCCGGGGGAGCAGCCGGCGGGAACCGGGCGGGUGGUGCUCGUUAAGAAGAUCAUCAUGAAGGACGGAGCUCCGCUCCAGCAGGGCAUCGGCAGGCCCAGUGUGUAUCACGCCGUGGUGGUGAUCUUCCUGGAGUUCUUCGCCUGGGGAUUGCUCACCACGCCCAUGCUCACUGUUUUACACGAAACGUUUCCCCAGCACACAUUCCUGAUGAACGGCCUCAUUCAGGGCGUGAAGGGUCUUCUGUCCUUCAUGUCUGCUCCUCUGAUCGGUGCGUUGUCGGACGUGUGGGGCAGGCGGACCUUCCUCUUGGUCACCGUCUUCUUCACCUGCGCUCCGAUCCCUCUGAUGAGGCUCAGCCCCUGGUGGUACUUCGCCAUGAUCUCCAUGUCCGGAGCCUUCUCUGUCACCUUCUCCGUCAUCUUCGCCUACGUUGCCGAUGUGACGGAUGAAAGAGAGAGGAGCACAGCCUACGGCCUGGUGUCAGCUACAUUCGCGGCCAGCCUGGUAACGAGUCCGGCCAUCGGGGCGUACCUGUCGGCCUGGUACGGGGACAACCUCGUGGUCCUGGUGGCCACGCUGGUCGCCCUGGCCGACAUCUGCUUCAUCCUGCUGGCCGUGCCCGAGUCUCUGCCGGACAAGAUGAGGCUCAACACCUGGGGGGCGCCCAUAUCCUGGGAGCAGGCUGAUCCCUUCACCUCUCUUAGGAAGGUGGGUCAGGACCCGACAGUCUUACUGAUCUGCAUCACUGUGUUCCUGUCUUACCUGCCGGAGGCCGGACAGUACUCCAGCUUCUUCCUCUACCUGAGACAGGUCAUAAACUUCUCCUCCACCACCAUCGCUGUGUUUAUUGGAGUGGUGGGCAUUCUGUCCAUCGUAGCACAGACUCUCCUCCUCACACUGCUGAUGAGGACUCUGGGUAAUAAAAACACCGUUCUGUUGGGGUUGGGCUUCCAGAUCCUCCAGCUGGCCUGGUAUGGCUUCGGAUCAGAGCCAUGGAUGAUCUGGGCAGCUGGUGCUGUAGCAGCGAUGUCCUCCAUCACCUUCCCAGCUGUCUCUGCUCUGGUGUCACAGUCUGCUGAUCCUGAUAAACAAGGUGUGGUCCAGGGCAUGAUCACAGGGAUCAGAGGUCUGUGUAACGGUCUGGGUCCGGCUUUGUACGGAUUCAUCUUCUUCCUCUUCAAUGUGGAGCUCAACACCCUGGACCCCAUCCAGGGAGAAUUCAACGUGGACCCCCUUCCAGUGCAAAGUCCCGCUGAGCGAGGCCUCAUCCCCGGCCCUCCCUUCGUGUUGGGGGCGUGCAGCGUGGUCUUCGCCUUCAUCGUCGCCCUCUUCAUCCCCGAGAAACCCUCCCGCUUCUCCUCCUCCGCCUCCCACCUGUCCCUCGGCGACAAGCCCCAGCUGGACAGCAAAGAGUCCAUGUCCUCGCUGGCUGGCGUCCACAUUAACACGCCCCUCCCGGGCCUCCCAUCGCGGCUCGACCGAUCGGCAUUCCGUGCUGAACCAGUGACACGUUUUCUUUGCUGCAGGGCAGAACUAGGUGUACUUUUUUUUUGUCAGAAGAUGGCGAUUGGCAGCAAGAAAGCUCCAAUGGCCGUUUGCUUUCGUAGCCAGGAGGCGGUGCUACUUCAGCCACCAGGAGCAGAGGAUGUAACAUUUUGUGAGCGACCAAUGGGGAUGUUUCUUUCACAAGGGAGAAAGAUGUCGUCCUACAAUUUGACAGAAGAGACGAAGACGAGGAUUUGACUGCCAGAAAGAGGACGGGGGCCGACAGG